AUGCUGCAGGCUGUAGAUUCGGACGUGUUUGUGGAGCUCAGCGCGGCACUUCACAGCAUGGACGCCAAUGCGGUGAUUCACUUGACGCGAGUAAACGACGUAAGCGCGCACGCUGCGGCAGGGCAGUUUUUGGUGAGUGUGACCGUGGAACUUCCGCUGAAAGAUGAUGCAGCAACCAGCAAAGUUGGCGAGCGAAGGGCCCACGAAUACGACAUCGUGAGUGAUAUUGCUGUUUGGCGCAGCAGUGGACAGUGUCCGCGUGAUGCGGUGAAGCGGGGGUUUGGCCUCUCACUGGCAGAGCUCGAUGGCCACGCUGUGGCGGAGCAGCACGGGAGGGAAGUGGAGGCUUGGUGUUACUUGCAAAGUGUCCAACGUGACGAACUGCUGCAUGACUGGGAGUCGGUGGGCCUGUCAGCAUUUCUCUCACGGUCGUUAGGUGAUGCAGGUUCAACUGCAGUAAAGUGGCUGCCGCUUCGUGACGAGACGAACACGGUGCGGGUUGCAGGUUUGUCGAGGAGGGAGUCACAGUCGUUUACGCUCACUGCCAGCGAUACCGCAGGUAACGAGGCUCUGUUGACGCUACUGCUUCCUUCACCACCGUCUGCAUUUCAGCGUGUUCUGAUGGGAGACUAUGACGACUCCGCACGACUGCUGUACGCAUCAGCGCUGGCGUGGCCGGAGAAAUGGGUUGCGAGUUCGGUUCUCAUGCGGCUCUGCACCAUCUUGAACGCGAGUGUUCGCGGCACCGACGUUCUUCCGUGCGGCAUGCAAGGUGCCGCAUUGGCCUCGCAGGAGGCAUCACUUUCGUCCGUCUGGCUGCAUGCUUUGCGAAUCAAAAUGAGGGAGAGCAGCUCGGUGGGAGAGGCAUGCCUCUCCUCUGCCUGGGGGCUGUUCCCACUGGGGCGAAGACGUUGCAGCUGGGGAUCCAUUUGCAGCUGGAGGUGA